UUCGCUCUCUGAAAUCAUAAGAAUAAUAAUUUUAAACAAAAAAGCGUUCAACGAAAAAUAAAAUACGACGAAAACGUGGAGAAAAUAAAGUUUCGACUUCAGUCCAUGCCACCACACAAUUGGCCUCUUCGUUAUUUCGAAUAAUGGACGAUUCCGGGGAACUAAAAGAACUACCGAGCACGAAACUUCCACAGCUGUACGCACACACUGACAAAAGUCAAGCCACUGCGUCACAAAUUGUCCAAGAAUUCGGAGCUAUUCCAUGUCAGUCUCAGAACGAAAAGAAUUUUCCUACAAUUACGAAAGCGGUAGAGCACAAUAUUUUCUUCAAAAUUUCAUUCUGAACAUCUUCCAAUAAUGUCAUAUAACGAAAAAUGGCUAUUUCCGAAGCUGAAACUUUUUCAAUCGAAACUGAAUGCUCUCGAAGUGGAAACGGAACUUGUUGAGAGAAAAAAUAACAAAACAGCCGAGGGUACCGAAUAUCCACCCGUUCUUUUCGGGGAAUUGAUCGUCGACGAAGGCUUCAGAACUAUCUGCGUUUAUGGGCACGUCGAUUCUUCAACGAUCAACGAGGAUGAUACGAAAAAAGAUGGUGGACUUGGGGGAAAGGGCGCACUGCUGAGUUGGUUGAUGGCAUUGAAAGUUUAUUCCGCCACGAAGAACGAGGUGCCAGUAAAUGUGAAGUUCAUCGUCGAAGGGCUGGCUGAAUCGAGCAGUCCUACCCUCCAAGAUGUUUUGUCAAGAAAAAAAGAAUUUUUCAUCGACGUCGAUUACGUGUGCUUGGCGAUCGACAAAAAAAUAGUGGAAACUCCGUGCUUGAGAUAUGGAUAUCGAGGGGUUUGCCAUUUUUCGCUGGACAUUAACUGCGCUGAGAAUGACAUUGACAGUGAAAAGUAUGCCGGUGCUUUCGAUCAACCGCUGAUGGAUGCCGUGCACCUCGUUUCCAGCCUUAUGGACAAACACGACAAGCUCGCUGCUCCAAAUCUGAUGAAAGACGUGGUAGGUCCAUCGAUGCAAGAAGAAGAAGCCAUUAAAAAUAUGAAUGUAAAUACCGAGGAUUUAAAGAGAAAAAUUGGUGUGAGAAAACUCAGACACAAGGGAAUUGAGUCUCGUAUCGUAAUCCAUAAUUCGAGACUGCCCAGCGUCAGUAUCCACAGUUUUGAAACGAAAACAAAUCACACGGAUCCUCAUAACUUUACAAUGAUUCCCUGCAGAACGAUAGUUAAGUUUUCCAUCAGUUUGGUGAAAAAUCAAAUAGCCGCCGACACUCAUGCCCAAGUUGAAAGUCAUAUAAAGCAAGUGUGGGAUCGAAUGAAAAAAGUGAAUGAAUAUCAACUGAAAAUGGAUAAGGGCAUUGAUCCCUGGAAAGAAGAGCCAACACAUUCGAAUUAUCGGGCUGCAGCUGAAGCCAUUAAAUCGAUUUAUCAACAAGAGCCACUUUACGUUUGCGAUGGUCGUUCUUUUCCUGCUGUACCCAUUCUCAAAUCAGCUUCUUAUCCAUGUAACAUGUUGGUGCUUUCUCUCAGCGAACCAGGAGGUUCUGUGCCUAUUGAGAGUCUACUAAAAAAUGUUAAAGUCAUUAUGACUUACAUGUGCAAUGUCAAUGAAUUAUGAUAUAUAAAACAAUCUUAUAGCGAGGAAUAAAAACGUUAGUGAAUCAAAUAUAAUGGAACAGAAAUAGUGAGAUGUAUAUUAUG